UGGCUGUUUGGAGCGGAGUUAACGUGGCAGGUGUUUGUCUCCAGGAGCUGAAUCCUGCCAUGGGAACUGACAAAGAUGCUGAGAAUUGGAAGGAUGUCCACAAGCAAGUGGUUGAAAGUGCCUAUGAAAUAAUCAGACUCAAGGGAUACACAAACUGGGCUAUUGGCCUUAGUGUUGCUGAGCUCUGUGAGACCAUGCUGAAGAACUUGUGCCGGAUUCAUUCAGUCUCAACACUGGUAAAGGGCAUGUAUGGCAUUGAGAACGAGGUCUUCUUGAGCCUUCCUGCUGUCCUAAGUGGCUCUGGAUUGACAAGUGUCAUCAACCAAAAGCUGAAGGAUGAUGAGGUGGUUCAGCUGAAGAAGAGCGCUGAUACAUUGUGGAACAUCCAGAAAGAUCUCAAAGAUCUGUAACUCAUGAAUGUUAAUUCCAGCAAUAGAAAAAGUGUGUUGUGUGCAAAUGUGGGCUCUACUCAUUAUACAUCUGUGGUUAACAUUUAAUGCUCUUCCAAGACUGAGUUUUGUCCACAGUAGCGAAACUUAUGCUUGCUGUAACGCACAGACCUUCUGAACAAAUAAAGCAACUUUCAGGCAU